UGGGCUAUAAAAGCCACCCUAGACCCGUCUCCAUUCAAGCGCCAAGAUGGGGAACCUCCGCAACGUCCUUCUUCUCCUGACGGUCUCCUUCUCCUCGACUCAUCUCCAUCCCUUGCGGAGCCAGAUCAUCGGAGGCCACGAAGCCAAGCCCCACUCCCGACCGUACAUCGCUGCCUUGAAAACAGGGAGAGGUUACGGUUGUGGUGGAUUCCUAGUGGCGCCCCAAUGGGUCAUUACCGCCGCACAUUGCAUGAACGAUAUCACGGUCGUUUUGGGGGCCCACGACCUUAAUGUCAUUGAGGAUUCCCAGCAAGUGAUCGGGGUCCGGUCGUACCACAAACACCCUGAAUACAACCGCGAGAGCUACUCGCAUGACAUCCUCCUGCUGAAGCUGGAGUUCAAGGCCACCCUAAAUGAAUACGUCCAAAUUGUGCCUUUGCCAAAGUCUGGGGGUGACCUCCCUGCUGGCACAACCUGCAACAUCGCUGGCUGGGGCCUGAUUGACGAAGGCAAAGACACUCCCAGGCUCUUUGAGACCAAUGUCGACAUCUACAGUCGCAGGAAGUGCCGGAUGGUCUACCCCUGGCUGGACGACGCGAUGAUCUGUGCGGGGAGCCACAAGCAGCUCCUGGACACAAGCCAGGGGGACUCUGGAGGGCCAAUGGUCUGCAACGGCGUGGUGCAUGGAGUUGUGUCCUUCGGCUACGAUUCCCCACCCGGGGUUUAUGCUCGUGUUGCAUAUUUCCUGCCUUGGAUCCAAAAGGUCAUGGAGUCGAAUCCCUGAGAAGGUCCCAACUCUUGGGAUCUUCCGUCCCCAUGUUCCGUCUCCCGCUCAUUCAGCUCUAUUUCAAUGCCUCCUGCCUUUUGUAGAAAUCAUAUAGGAACAAGCAGACCAAAGAAUAUUAGAUCGCAGAAUCCUAGAGUUGGAAGGGACUCCCAAAAGACCAUCCAGCCUAGCUCCCUGUUAUGUAGGAAGACACCAUCCGAUCCCUCUUGACAGAUGGCCAUCCUACCUCUGCUUCAAAACUACCAGAGAAGGGGACUCCACCAGACCCCCAGGCAGUACAUUCCAUAGCUAUGUGUUUCCUGAGUGUCUUCCGAUUUUGUCUCCUUCUUAACAAACUCCUUCCCACGCUUCUGUAUCGUCACAUAUUAGAAAUAAAUGUCUUUUUGCAGCAAAUAAAA